AUGGAGAUUGUAGCCCAGUUGCAGAAACAGUUCAUCGACUUCUCAACUUCUCUUUAUCGUGAGGGGUUUUUGGAUGAUCAAUUUGUGCAGCUGCAGAAGCUCCAAGAUGGGGACAACCCAGAUUUCGUAGUCGAAGUGAUAUCGCUUUUCUUCGAGGAUUCCGAGAAGCUUAUAAACAAUUUAGCGAUUGCACUUCAACAGCCGGUUGUCGAUUUUAAGCAGGUUGAUGCUCAUGUUCAUCAGUUCAAAGGUAGCAGUUCCAGCAUAGGUGCACAAAGGGUGAAGAAUUCUUGUGUUGCUUUCAGGAACUUUUGUGAGCAAAAUAACCUUGAUGGGUGUAUGAUGUGUUUGCAACAAAUAAGAAACGAAUACCUUCUCGUGAAGAACAAGCUGGAAACUUUGUUCCGGCUUGAGCGGCAAAUUUUGGAAGCCGGUGGGACAGUUCCAACAAUAGCAUAA